AAGUGUACCACUGAACACAAGUCAGGAAGCAACAAGUCUGUGCGGCUGAUGAUAAGGAGGAGGUGGGGAGCGAUGUUCCAGUCAUGCUGAGCCUUGCUGGAAUUACAAGACUACAGAAGCCCAAGGACUCUAUUCUCUUUGCUUUGGAACGGGCCCAGCAAGUGCAUGUGCUCAAGGAUUUCAUCUGGGGAGGUCACCGAAGGCAGGCACGUCCGCUGCAAUUGCAAAGCAAGAAAUCCCCUUCCUUACACUGCUCUGCAGAUCUGGGGUAUAUCCAUCUCCACCCAAGCCCAAAAGUGUGACUUGGGCAGCUUGCCCCUGCCGCACAGUAAGAGGGGGUGAGAGGCCUUCCUUACGCAGGCUAUGGGGGCAACCUGGACCUCGAGUCCGAGCGUCUGAGAACAGACAGCGCCAGGUGUCCCUGAGAGACGCGCUUUUGGAGAGCUUGGCACCCCUGCUGCACCCGAAGCACUGAAAACCCGGCCGCUUGUGAGGCUGAACCCGGCGAGAUCUCAGUCCGGUGGGCGUCGGGGGUGUCUUGGGCACAUCUUGCCUCCUCUGCUCGCUGCUCGGGGCAGGGCUCGGGGCAGCCCACCCGCGGGCGAUGCAGGCGGCUCCCAGGAAACAUCCACCCGGGGUGCUCCGGGCAUGCGUGCAAACCACCCCGGAGCUGCCAAAAGCCGGGCGAGGCGCAAUGAAGCCCGGCGAGCGGCGGGGGGUCGGCGCAGCUCCCCCGGCCCCGCGGCCCCGGGAUGCGGAGCGCUGCGAGUGGCUGGAGGCGGCUCCAAUCGGCGCCCGCAGCGCCUCCCCCGCCAGCCCGCGGGUAUAAAGCGGCGGCGGGGCCGGUGCGCGGGACGCGGCAGGUAGCGGCGGGCGGCGGCGGCGUCUGGUGGGUGCGGAGCCCCGCUGCCGCCCGGCCCCCGCACCCGGCACCAUGCUCCUGCUGCUGCUGCUCCUGCCCCUGAGCGCCGCGGGGCCCGGGCCGGCGCCGGAGAGCGCGGUGGUGCGGCCGCGCCGGCUGCUGCCGCCGGGCCCGGGCGCCGUCGUCUUCCAGCUGGGCGCCUUCGGCGAGGACCUGCGCCUGCACCUGCGGCCCGACGCGCGCUUCUUGGCGCCCGGCCUGGCGCUGCCCGGCGCCGCCGACCUGCGCCGCUGCUUCUACUCGGGGCUGGUGAACGCGGAGCCCGCGUCCUUCGCGGCGCUCAGCCUGUGCGGGGGCCUGCGCGGCGCCUUCGGGCUGCGCGGCGCCCACUACACGGUGCGCCCGCUGCGCGCAGCCCCCGCCUCGCCCGCGCCCGCCGGCGCCCCGCACCUGCUGCAGCGCCGCCGCCCGCCCGCGCCGUCCCAGCGCUGCGCCGUGCCCGAGCCCGCGCCCGCGCCCGCGGAGGAGGAGGAGGAGGAGGCGGCGGGAGCGCUGCGGGCGCUCCGCGGGCGCGGCCGGGCGCGGCGCUUCGUGUCGCUGCCGCGCUUCGUGGAGACGCUGGUGGUGGCGGACGAGUCCAUGGCCGACUUCCACGGCGCGGACCUGCAGCACUACGUGCUGACCCUCAUGGCGGUGGCGGCGCGGCUCUACCGCCACCCCAGCCUGCGCAACCCGGUCAGCCUGGCCGUCGUCAAGUUCCUGAGCCUGGGCCGCGACGACAAGGGCCCCAAGGUGACGGGCAACGCGGCGCUCACGCUGCGCAACUUCUGCGCCUGGCAGAAGCGCUGGAACAAGGGCAGCGACAAGCACCCCGAGUACUGGGACACCGCCAUCCUCUUCACCAAGCAGGAUUUAUGCGGUGCCACCACCUGCGACACACUGGGCAUGGCUGAUGUUGGCACUAUGUGCGACCCCAAGCGCAGCUGCUCCGUUAUUGAGGACGACGGGCUCCCUUCUGCCUUCACCACGGCGCAUGAGCUGGGUCAUGUGUUCAACAUGCCCCAUGACAACGUGAAGGUCUGUGAGGAGACCUUUGGCAGGCUGAAAACCAACCACAUGAUGUCUCCCACCCUCAUACAGAUUGACCGUGCCAACCCCUGGUCAGCCUGCAGCGCUGCCAUCAUCACUGACUUCCUAGACAGUGGGCAUGGGGAUUGCUUGCUGGACCAACCCACCAAGCCCAUCCCUUUGCCAGAGGACCUCCCUGGGGCCAGCUACACCCUCAACCAGCAGUGUGAGCUGGCCUUUGGCAUCGGCUCCAAGCCCUGCCCCUACAUGCAGUAUUGCACCAAGCUGUGGUGCACGGGAAAAGCUCGGGGACAGAUCGUCUGUCAGACACGCCACUUCCCCUGGGCUGACGGCACCAGCUGUGGAGAGGGAAGGUUCUGCAUGAAGGGAGCCUGCGUCGAGAGGCAUAACAUCAGUAAGUACAGGGUGGAUGGCAACUGGGGGAAGUGGGCACCCUACGGCCAGUGCUCGCGGACCUGUGGCGGAGGAGUCCAGCUGGCCAAGCGCGAAUGCAACAAUCCAGUGCCUGCCAAUGGAGGGAAGUACUGUGAGGGCAUCCGUGUCAAGUACCGGUCCUGCAACCUAGAUCCAUGCUCCGAUUCAGUGCCAGGAAAGAGUUUCCGAGAGGAACAGUGCGAGGCCUUCAAUGGCUACAGCCACAGCACCAACCGGCUCACUGCCUCCGUCUCGUGGGUCCCUAAGUACUCGGGAGUUUCGCCUCGAGACAAAUGCAAGCUCAUAUGCAGGGCUAACGGCACAGGUUACUUCUAUGUGUUGGCUCCUAAGGUAGUAGAUGGGACCCCGUGUGCACCCGACUCCACCUCUGUCUGCGUCCAGGGCAAAUGCAUCAAAGCGGGAUGUGACGGGAAGCUGGGCUCCAAGAAGAAGUUUGACAAAUGCAGCGUGUGUGGAGGAGACAACAAGAGCUGCAAGAAGGUUUCAGGGUUGUUCACAAAGCCCAUGCACGGCUACAACUUUGUGGUGGUCAUCCCAGCAGGAGCCUCCAGCAUUGAUAUCAGGCAGCGAGGCUACAAGGGACUGAUUAAUGAUGAUAACUACCUAGCUCUGAAGAACGGGCAAGGCAAGUAUCUGCUCAAUGGGCACUUCAUUGUCUCGGCUGUGGAGAGGGACCUGAUGGUGAAGGGCAGUGUGCUACGGUACAGCGGGACAGGCACGGCAGUGGAAAGCCUUCAGUCCUUUAAGCCUAUCCAGGAGCCUCUGACUGUGGAGGUGCUGUCAGUUGGGAAAAUGACUCCCCCCCGGGUGCGUUAUUCCUUCUACCUGCCCAAGGAGAGAAAAGAUGACAAGUCCUCAUACAAGAGUGAUGGGAAGAGCCUGCCUGACCUCACCAACAGUGUCCUAAGCCUAUCCAACCGCCUGGACAUGGGCAGGCCGAGUUACAAACGCCCAUCCUACAAGUGGGCAGCUGGAGGCUGGGAGGCCUGUUCCGUCACCUGUGGCAAUGGGCUGCAGAAGCGUGCUGUGGACUGCCGUGACUCCUACGGCCACCUGGCCUCUGAGUGUGAUGCCACCCAGCGGCCUGUUGACGUCAGGAUAUGCGGAGACCCCUGCCCCACGUGGGAGGCAGGUCCUUGGUCCCCUUGCUCCAAAACCUGUGGCAGAGGCUUCAAGAGGCGCAUGUUGAAGUGCACAGCCCAGGCAGGGCAGCUGUUGCCUCGGGAUCGCUGCAAUCUCAGGAAGAAACCUCAGGAGCUAGACUUCUGUACCCUGAGGCCCUGCUGACCAGGCUGGUGGCACUUCCAAAGGAGGCAUGGUGUCUCUCUAGCUGGAGAUACGUGGCUGAAGGUUGAACAGCAGCUGGGGGAAGGGAGAGGGGAAGCCAUCUGAGGCGAGGGGUCUGCUACAUAGCACAUACCAACAGACAAAGGAUUUGUAUGUGGGGAGAGAGCACGCGUGAGCGAGAGGGGCUCAGCGUGGUUUUGUGGAACAGGUCGCUCGGAGAUGGAGUAGGAUAAACAUCUACCUCGAAGCUGGCAGACUACCCAGACUCCACCACCAUCCACCAGAUGCUGUAGGCACGAGGAGAAAGGAUGAAAGGCAGGGCAAGUCUCCAGGGAUGCUGCCUGGGACUGAACUAAGGACAACAGAGGGUGCUCUUAUAUUGCCAUGGCCCAACCUCCCUCUGCUCUUCCAAGGGUCGCCCCUACCCCUCAACUCCCAGAGCACUAGUACUAGACAGGACCAAGUGGAAUUACCAUUGCAAUGCUGACAAAUGAUAGCGCUUAAUGACCAGUGCAGUGAAGCACUGGGGUGUCUCCUGAAUCGAUGCCUUCAGGGCUUGCUAGCAGUGACGGCAGCCUGGACAUGCUGCUGCCCUCCAGACACUUGCAGUGAUGUUUUCAUGCAGGGCUGCAAGUCCUUUUUUAUUUUCAUGUUUAUGGAUCGAACAAUGUAGAUUUUUAUGGUGCUUAACUCCUUAUUCUUACUCUCCUUCCUCUCAGUUGGUGCGAACCAUGUGUAGCUGAGGCAGUUUUGUCAUUUCCAUUGACUCCUUUUCUAAGACUAUGACUUUCUAUGGUGCUUCAGGAAGGGUGCGUUGGGGGUGAAUGAAUCUUCAAUAUAAAACAGGCAUGAAUUAAAAAAAAACAACAAACCAAAAACCUCUUCUGGCCCCAUGCUCAUUUACACUCUGGUCUUGUAAAUGGGCAUGAAUUGAAUUGGCAAGGUCCUGUUCUGCUGCAAGGGCAGCUCAAAUGGAUCUCUGUGUAGAUGAGAAUCAGGCCUUGGUUCCAGGAGGCAGUGCUCAGUCGUACUGUUGUGCCCCUCCAUAGCACUUCCUCACCUGAGAAUUGGCAGCACUGCCAAUGGCACAUAACUACUAGGACUGGCAGAUGCUGAGUCAGUUUUCACAGUGGUGCUCCAUGCCAUGUGGUGCCCAGGACUAGCCCCCACCCUCUUCCGCUAGAAAUGUUUUUUUUUCAGGGUUUAAAAAAAAAAAUUAAAAAAAUAUAUAUCUAUACACACCUAGAGAUGUUAUGAGCAGAAAUGUAACAGAAAUGGCUGUGACUUGUCUCCAUCCACCUUUGGGUUGCUUUAGUGUAACGGGGUAACCAGGCUCUUGGUGUUUACUGGGGCGAUGAGGAGAGAGGGACCAAGGAAGGCUGCUUGUCUAGAAGAGGGGGCUGCAGAGUGGUCUCCCUCAUGGGCAAGUCUUCUCCCCUGCCUGGCUGCGGUUCUGUCUGUAGAUGGUCCUAGUGGCUUUAAUGAGACUCCUCGCAGGUGCUAUGUCAGCCAAAUACUUUGCUGCAUUGGGGCCUUCGUGCCUUAGUGUCCUACCGUUAAACAAGCACAGGGAUGAGGGAUGCUUCCUCCUCCUUGCAAAGCACUUUGCAGACCUCUGGUGAAAGGUCCCAGAGAAGCAUGCUGUUUGAUUGCAACUCAGGCAUUGAAAUGAAGACCAAAGGCCAGGUUUUUAGGAUCAUUUGGGCACCUCGGGAUGCAGAAGGGUGCCUGCUGGCAAUUUCCCAAACACCUCUCUGCCUCUUCAGGUCCCUGGAUGUCUUGGAAAGUCUGGCCCCAAGUGCCUUCCACCUUCUUCUAAAGGUGACUGCUGCUUAUGGAGCUCCCAGGCUGUGCACAACAUUAGUAAUCUGUACCCAGUUGUUGCUUGGUGGCUCACUGCCUGGCCUCUAAACCAACACCGCAUGGCCCCAUCAUCACCUUUCUUGCUCCAGUGCCUCUUUUUCAUUCAGCCCAUUGACUACAUUUUCAUAUAACAUGAUUCUGGAAUGAACUUUCCAUUAAGAGGCCAGAUUUCAAGCUUGGCCACCUUAAAACAGUGCCUACAUCUUACUUUUGCCUAAAGCCUGUUUUGCCUGUCAAAAUGCUCCUCUGAGCAUCUGCGUACAGUAUGGUAGGCCUGUGCAAAGUGGCUAGUAUUUGCUUCGGAUUUGGCUGAUUCGGUGGACAGCGAUUCAAUUCGGCCGAACCUGAUUUGGAGAUUUGGCUGCCGCUGUCCUGGGGCUUUUCUCAGGGCUUUCUUCUUAAAGGGCCAGAGCUGGCCUUGGAAGGGCUGGGGGAGCAAAGGGGGGGGCAUCAGGGGGCUUGUUCAGAGCCCCCCAUGCAGUGUGGGGCAGUGGGGAUCGCCCCCCCACCCAGCAGCACCUGGUGAGCACUGGGACUUUCUUUUUAAAAACACAGGAACCUGGGGCAGGCAGGGGCAGCCAUGGGGGGGCUGGUGGAGUGGGCAGGGUCGGGGGGCUGGCAGGGGUCCCCCCAUGGUCCCCUCCCCUGCCCCAGUACUUACUAGCUUAGAGUCAGCUGCAGCUCCCUGCUGCAGCCACCGGGGACUACCUGAAUCAUCAAAGCUCUCCAGAUCUCUUCCAAAGAUCCGGACCUUUUAAUUGGUUCGCUGAUUCAAUUCGGAUUUGGAGAUUCGGCCACCAAAUUGGACCGAAUCUCCUCCAGAUCGAAUCACCACCCAAAGCUUCGCACAGCCCUAGUAUUUGGACAUUCUAGCAGAGUUUUGCCAGCGGGGCAUUCUCCAGUCCCCACAAACCCUACGCUAUCCAGAUGGUUCCAGCUGCCGUGGGAAGCUGGGCCAAGCCACAUGAUCUUACAGCCACAUUAUGAGCUGCCAGCCACAUAAUUGCAGCCUCUCCACAUUUUGUGGGAGAAGAUUCAUGCCAUGAUUUUGUUCCAUUGUGGUAAGCUGGCAUUUUGACAUGCCCCUCACUGAGAGAGGCCCCAGCUUUAAAACCCCAGGUUUCCAAAGUGAAGUACAAUCCCACAACAAUUGGAAAUCCAGUGUAACUCAUAGAAUCAUAGAAAAUGAGAGCUGGAAGGGACCACAGGAGGUCGUUUUAGAGCUCAAAGCAGGAUCAUCCCUAACUAGAUCAUCUCACCCAAGGGUUUGUCUAGUUGGGUUUUAAACCUUUAAGCAUGGAGAGUCCACAACCUCUCUGGGUAACCUGUUCCAGUGCUUUACUACCCUCCUAGCAAUAAGCUUUUCCUAUUAUCUAACCUAAACUUCUCUUGUUGCAACCUGAGCCCAUUGGUCCUUGUUCUGUCAUCUGCCACCACUGAGAACAGUCCAGCUCCAUCCUCUUUGGAGCCACCUUUCAGGUAGUUGAAGGCUGCUAUUCAGUCUUCCCCUCUCAGUCUUCUCUUCUCCAGACUAAACAAGCCCAGUUCCCUCAGCCUCUUCUCAAAAGUCAUGUCCCCCAGCUCCUGAACCAUUUUUGUUGCCUUCCGCUGGACUCUCUCCAAUUUGUCCAUAUCCUUUAUUAAGUGGGGGGCCCAAAACUGGAUGCAGUACUCUAGAUAUGGCCUCACCAGUGCUGAAUAGAGGGGAAGAAUCGCUUCCCUUUAUCUGCUGGCAAUGCUCCUACUAAUGCAGCCCAGGAUGUCGUUAGUCUUCUUUGCAACAAGGGCACAGUUGGUUUAUCUUCAGCUUAUUGCCCAUGGUAAUCCCCAGGUCCUUUUUUGCAGAUCUGCUGCUUAGCCAGUUGGUUCCCAGCCUGUCCUAGUGCAUGGGAUUGUUCCGACCCACGUGCAGGACUUUGCAUGUGUUCUUAUUGAACCUCAUGAGAUUUCUUUUGCUCUAAUCCUUCAAUUUGUUCAGGUCUCUCUGAAUCCUAGCUCUACCUUCCAGCAUAUCUACUAUUCCCCUCUAACUUGGUGUCAUCUGCAAACAUGCUGAGGGUGCACUCUAUGCCAUCUUUCAGGUCAUUGAUGGAUUCUGAUCAUUCCUGUUAUAUUCAUUGGGCAUUAACAGUGUUCUUCCCAUAAAGCUAGAUUUCAGGACAGGGAUCUAGGAAUUAGAGUACUGGGAUUUCACAUAGUUACUAAAUGGCUGAUUAAAAACCCCAGGGUAUUGUAGGCUGGAGCCUCAGCUGAUGUGAACUGGCAUAGUUCUGACUUAAUUAUUCUGACUUUAAUGGUGCUCUUCUGAUUUACGCCAGCUGAAUAGUGGACUCUUCAAGUGCCACUCACUGCUGUAGGUCCAUGGUCCUGCACAGAGGCUGUGCAAAAUGGACAGGGGACUCCAACUGUAACCCAGUGUUUUAGUCCCUCUUGUUCUAUCGGUCUUACUUUAAUGUGCCUUUUUUUAAUGGGUCCAUAUAAUUUCUUUUCCCAAGCAUUUAUUUCACUUUUCUUUCCAUUGUUUAUUGACAGUGACCUCAAUGAGAGCAUUGGCUUUCAACAGCCCCAUAAUUUCUCUACUGAAAUAUGUCAUUAGUGGUAUCUGUGCAGGGGAGAAUGAAUCUGAGGAGCAGUUACUAGUUCCAGAUGGGGACAAGGAUCUCUCCAGGCGAAUGAUAAUGUUUAAGUUGAGGGAGGAUCAGGAGAGAGGAAAGAAAAUCCCAGAGGGCAGCCGGACACUGGAUGGCCAAAUAGUACUAUAACAGACUGGAAUAGGCACUAGACAGGACAGUGCCUGCAUGUAAUACAUGAAGUUGACUCCUUCCCUGAGUCUUCUCCCCAUCUACAAAGAGGGGUAUAAGGUGCCAAGAAGGGCAGAUAACUUAACUAGGUUUAAGAUGGUGUUGGAGAUUUGUUUACAAAUGGGAUUAGAGGUCAUGGUUGCCUGUAGUAGCAGGAGGCUGGACCAUCAAGUCCCUUCCAGUCCUACAUACAGUCCAUUUUUUUGCUGUUUUCUCUGUGUAGUACAUCUUACAUGGUGCUUUCAUUUGAGUGUACUGUUCUGAGGGGCUGCCCUUUGUGUCUUUCCAAUGAAAAGAUGGUUCCCAAAGCCACCGAGCAUGGUCAUUGCUAUUGUUCACUGGGGGACGGGCAGGGGUUUGUUUUUUGUUUUCUGUGGUUCUUUUGCAAAAUGUAUAGCAGAAGGACGGAAAUGCCUAUUGUACUGGCUGCUUUGUGUAUACCAUGUAUACUGUACAUUGGUCUCUGCUGUUUGUGCAUCGAUAGCAAACCUGAAAUAAAAUUGUAUUUAAAGUUC